AUGACGACUCAGAAGUCACUCGACAAGAAGUUCAAGCAACCAGCAGGUCUAGGCGACAGAUCCACCGACGAACGGUACGCGGUGAAGCUUGGAAUUUCAGCAGACAACAACAAACUACUCAAUAAGAGCAUCAAAACCACAUUGACCCAACACGAUCUUCUCGAUCCCAAGUUGUAUUCGAAACAUCAGCCUAAAAUUGACCCAACAAGCUUUGAACGCCAGAUUCAAACCGUGGGGCUGCUCGAGACGAUCUUUGAGAAAGUUUUGACACCGAUGAAACCCUCCGGCGAGCUCAAAAAGGAAGAAGUUAUAACUAAGAGUGGACCAAGGAGGCAAGCGACCGGUGUUGAACUCCUGAAUACCCCUGAGGAGAACUUGCUCAUGAGUCCGAUGGCAGACCCGAAGGGUGACAAAGAGAACAACCAGAUGCCGAAACCACAAGCGAAGCACACUCCGAAGCCAGACGAUGGCAAGACAAGCAAAAGUCGACCCAGCAUUCGUCCCUCAUUAGGACCCGUCUCUGUCAGUGGUCAGCCGGAAGAUCAGAAAGAAAGGCAAGCAUCCAAGGCAGUGGAGAGCCAAAAGAAGGACAGCAUCUCUGGCACAAAGACCAAGCCUAACAAAGGAGGUCGCGGUAAUGCUGUGGAUCUUGCUCCCCUUCCCACCAUCGGCGGCUUGCACGAUCACCGAUCCAAGACUCCCAAACGACAAACUCUGCCAAUCUCUACGAGCUCCACACAAAGGAAGGAGAAAGCAACCGUGUCUACCACCUUCACUUCAGCCACCAUCAACGUCAAAAUUGAUGGGUCCGAAAAUGGCGCCCACUUCCGAGCAAGCGACAUCGUCAACGCGUCCAAGACUGCGGACUCCACAGUCGAACACUUAUCCUUCGACAGCUUCUGGGACGAAGUAGAGCGUCAGGCAAAUGUUAAUCGGCUGGACUCGACGCUCUCGUGCUAUUGGCCGGACGAAGACGCUGGCCGCCAGUGGGUCGAUGUCACUGACGAAACGAGAUGGCGUGCGGUGCUGGCCGAUUGCCAUGAAGAGGGGCUGAAGCGAUGGCAGUUCCACGUUACGAUCAAGUAG